AUCCCCGCGCGCCGGGCCUCGCCGCCCUAGUCGAGCCCGGCCGCUCGUCCUGCCGUCGUCGUCGUCGUCGCCGCCGCCGCCGCAGCCGCCGCCGCCGCCGCGGAUCCUGCGCCCGUGCUUGCCGGGUUGGCACCUUCGGGACCGCCAGGACGCGCCGCGCCAGAUUUUCUUCAGAAGGCCGUGAGGAAGCCUGCCGUGUAAGAACCUGUGACGUCUGCAGUGUGACAGCAGCUGGGAAAUGCGGGUCACCAGGGGUUGUGUGGCCCACCAGCUCCAGGCUGGGCUGCGGACCCCAGCCCGGGGUCUCUGAGCAGUGUCCCCAGCGUCCACCGGGUGCUCCCCGGCGAGUGUUGGCUGUGGAAGCCCCUGCUGCAGCCCUGCCCAUGAGGAUGUGUCCCCCUGUCAGGGGGCUGCUCAGCGCCCUGGCCGUGGUGUUGGGGACAGCGGCAGCCUUUGCUCCUGUACCUAGGAUCACAUGGGAGCACAGAGAGGUGCAGCUGGCACAGUUUCAGGAGCCUGGCAUCUUCAACUACUCAGCCUUGCUGCUAAGUGAGGACAAGGACAUCCUGUACGUGGGCGCCCGGGAGGCCUUAUUUGCCCUGAAUGCAGUCAACAUCUCUGAGAAGCAGCACGAGGCAUACUGGAGAGUCUCAGAAGAUAAACAAGCAAAAUGUGCAGAAAAGGGGAAAUCAAAGCAGACAGAAUGCCUCAACUACAUCCGGGUUCUGCAGCCGCUCGGUGCCAGCACCCUGUACGUGUGUGGGACCAACGCGUUCCAGCCAGCCUGUGACCACUUGAACUUAAUAACCUUUACCUUUCUGGGGAAAAAUGAAGACGGCAAAGGAAGGUGUCCCUUUGAUCCGGCACAGAGCUACACUUCUGUCAUGGUUGAUGGAGAGCUUUAUUCCGGGACCUCGUACAACUUUUUGGGAAGCGAACCCAUCAUCUCCCGAAAUUCUUCCCACAGUCCUCUAAGAACGGAGUAUGCGAUACCUUGGCUCAACGAGCCCAGCUUCGUCUUUGCCGAUGUGAUCCGAGAGAGCCUGGAUGGUGUGGAUGGUGGAGAUGACAGGGUGUACUUCUUCUUUACGGAGGUGUCUGUGGAAUAUGAGUUUGUCUUCAAGCUGCUGAUCCCACGGAUAGCGAGGGUGUGCAAGGGGGACCAGGGCGGCUUGAGGACCUUACAGAAGAAGUGGACCUCCUUCCUGAAGGCCAGGCUUAUCUGCUCCCGACCAGAUAGCAACCUCGUCUUCAAUGUGCUGCAGGACGUCUUUGUGCUCAGGGCUCCAGGCCUGAAGGAGCCUGUGUUCUAUGGGGUCUUCACCCCACAGCUGAACAACGUGGGGCUGUCAGCCGUGUGCGCUUACAACCUGUCCACAGCCGAGGAGGUCUUCUCCCGCGGGAAGUACAUGCAGAGCACCAUGGUGGAGCAGUCCCACACCAAGUGGGUGCGCUACAAUGGGGCCGUGCCCGUGCCACGGCCCGGCGCGUGCAUCAACCGGGAAGCGCGGGUGGCCAACUUCUCCAGUUCCCUCAACCUGCCAGACAAGACGCUGCAGUUUGUCAAAGACCACCCUCUGAUGGACGACUCCGUGACUCCAAUGGAUGGCAGGCCCAAGCUCAUCAAAAGCAACGUGAACUACACACAGAUCGUUGUGGACAGGACCCAGGCCCUGGACGGAACCAUGUAUGACGUCAUGUUCAUCAGCACAGACCGGGGUGCCCUGCACAAAGCCAUCAGCCUGGAGAACCAAGUCCACAUCAUUGAGGAGACGCAGCUCUUCCAGAGCUUUGAGCCCAUCCAGACCCUGCUGCUGUCUUCCAAGAAGGAUGGAAAGUUUGUCUAUGCUGGUGCCAACUCAGGUGUGGUGCAGUCUCCAGUGGCCUUCUGCAGACAGCACAUCACCUGCCAGGAUUGCGUGUUAGCCCGGGACCCCUACUGUGCCUGGAGCUCAGACAGGGCCGCCUGCAUCACCCUGCCCCAGACCUCCGGCCCCAGCAGGACUUUGAUUCAGGAGAUGGGUGGCGAUGUGUCUGCGUGCCCCGAUAAAAUUAAAGAAAGUUACCGGCAGCGUUUUUUCAAGUAUGGUGGCACAGCGGAACUCAAAUGCUCCCAAAAGUCCAACCUGGCCCAGGUGCUAUGGAAGUUCCAGAACAGUGUGCUCAAGGCCGAAAGGCCCAAGUACAGCCUGGUGGGCAGGAAGAACUUGCUCAUCUUCAACCUGUCGGAAGGAGACACCGGGGUAUACCAGUGCCUGUCGGAGGAGAGGGUCAGGAACAAGACCGUCUUGCAGGUGGUGGCCAAGCAUGUUUUGGAGAUCAAAGUGGUCCCGCAGAUCCCCGUGACCUUCACCUUGCCAACUACCAGGAUGGAAGGUGGUAGGGCCACCCCCAAGGUUUCAGUGAUGCCCACCCAAAGCUCCUCCCCUCAGACCCCAGCUGCGAGGGUCACCACUCCCAGUGCUGUCACCUCCCCUGCCAGCCCCACACCCACCAGCACAUCCUGUGAGCCGAAGAUUGUCAUCAACACGGUGCCCCAGGUCCACUUGGAGAAGACGAUGUAUCUCAAGUCCAGCGACAACCGCCUGCUAAUGUUCCUCUUCCUCUUCUUCUUCGCCCUCUGCCUCUGCCUCUUUUCCUACAACUGCUACAAGGGCUACCUGCCUGGACAGUGCUUGAAGUUCCGCUCUGCUGUGCUGCUCAGCAGGAAGAAGCCGGCGUCGGACUUCUCUGACUGUGAGCAGAGCGUGAAGGAGACGCUGGUGGAGCCGGGGAGCUUCUCUCAGCAGAACGGAGGGCAGCCCAAGCCAGCCCUGGACACUGGCUACGAGACAGAGCAGGACACCAUGGCCAGCAGGGUGCCCACUGACAGGGAGGACUCACAGAGGAUGGACGACCUCCCGGUCAGGGACAGGCCCUUCGACGUCAAGUGUGAGCUGAAGUACGCCGACUCAGACGCCGAUGGGGACUGAGGCACAGCUCAUGGCCCAGCCUUGCGUCCACCCCUCCAGUGCCCCAUGCGGUGCCGUGCAGGGAGCCCGUCAAGUGCAGACUCUUGUCUCCUGUGUCUCUUCCCUUGGGUCCAGCUCGUGAGUCAGCUUCUCUUUGUCCUUCCGGAAAACAGCAAGCAUUGCCACCAGCCUCCCUCUGUGGGUCGCUGCUGCCCCGAGCUUCUCUGCGGUGGGAAAUGACGGGACAGCCACCGUCCUGGGAAGAGUUGUACUGUGAGCGUCCCUCCUUGUAGCAGCCACUCAAAGAGAACUUAAUUCCAGAUUGGAAGUGACAUUUUAGUUUAUCAGAUUGGUAACUUACCGCCUGUUGUCCAGAUUGGCACAAACCUUUUCUUUCACAUAAUUACUUUUUUAGGACUUUGUUUUGUGUCACGUUAGGUCAUUUUUUUUUUUUAUCACCAAAGCAGAUGUUUUACUCUUUAGAGAUAGAUGUACAUCUUCUGGAUUGUGUUGUAUAUUAGGACAAAGUGUGGCUUAUGUUGCUUAAGAUUCUCAGGGACAAACUUACUUUUGCUAAAUGUGUUCUUUCUGCUUUUAGGAAUGUAGACAAAACCAUCUCUUGAGUACACUUGCUUUCUUAAAAUAUUUUAUUCCUUGAGGGAAGUAUCGUUUUCAGAGAGAUUUUCUUUCUGUACUUAUUUUUCUCCAAUUUUAACUCUUUUGAAGAGGUGAGGGCAGUGGGGGACCAUCUGGGGACCCCAGGCGGGCUUUUGACAAGGAACGGUGACCUGGGUGGGCUCUGGGUGGAGCCAGGCUGGACCAGAGCUGCAGGACAGGCCAUCAGCAAUCUGAUGCCCACGGCCAGUGCUUGUCCAGAUGGGCAGGGUGGUCGCCGGAGGUCUCUGGUCGCCUGAGACCUUGUUCUGCUUUGGCUGCACAUCACUGCCUGCCCAGACUUCCAGCCUGGCUGGACAGAGCUGUCCACAGCUGGGGGAGAGCUGACAGCAGGGACAGACGGGCCUUUGGCCCUGCACCCGUGGGGCUGCUGUUGCAGACCCAUGUGGCCUGGCGCUGCCUUUGAAGGUGUGAAGGGCUGGAAAGCUCACCACGGUUGAUCUCACCCCACCCCUGCUUUGCAGAUGCUCACAGUGGGGGCUUUGCCGUCACAGAGAGCAAUAAACUGGAUUGUCGUGUGCCUGCAUGGACAGUCUCAUGUUCCAGCAUGACAGGAUUCGACCGUUUGGUGUAAACAUUUGUGUUUAAUAAGAUUUACUUUGUUUUUAUUUUUCUACUUUGAAUUGUAUACAUUUGGGAAGUAACUGAAUAAACGAGAAGCUUACAUCCUUGCC